UUAUUCAUACAACAUACAAUAAAUAAAUAACAUAAACUUAAACAUGGCUCAAAAUCUGUGGAUUGCUGUAUUGGCGGUUUUGGUAGUGGCAGUGAAUAGUCACGUUAUCAAAUCGCACAAAAUGGAUCUGUCAAACGGAAUGACAGUUGAAGUGAUCAUUCGCCCUUCGGAGAAAGCUGAUACACCAAAACCAGAGGAGCUGGGGAGUCGGGUGUUCCGCAGGACACACGACGUCGUCGUGCCACCGGUGACACCAACACCGAAAACAGAUGUGAAUGUCGAUAUCGUCAAUCGCUUUGGGAUCAGAAGCGGAACGUGCCCCACUGGAUAUGUGCAAAGAGGCGGAUUUUGUUUUCCCGACUACGACUAAAGUGUUUGUUAGUGAUUUAAAUCUAAGUACAUAGUACGAGCCUAAGAAACAUUUUUUUUGUUUAGACACUGUAUAAUAUCUAAAAGUCUACUUACUAUUGCGACCUAUUAUUUAAGGCAGCAUUUAGAAUAACUUCAAAAACGUUGUAAAGAUUGUUUUAUUAAAUGUCU